UUGAUAUGUGUUUAAAGAACUUUGUUAAACAAUACAAUGCUACCAAUCUCUGAUUUCAAAGUGUUUUAAUAACAUAACUGAUCAUCAUGGAGAAAGAUUUAUAUGCUAUUGAUCGUUAGUUUUUUAAAUAUUGCGGUCUUACGCGAAUUCUACAUAUCGAAUGAAGAUAAUUUAUUUUACACGUGUAGUUGAACAUUAUUAUUUCUAUUCAUAUAAUCGAGUUAAGUAUCAUUAAUUAAAGCAUGGCAAAUAGUUAUAUGGCAAAACAAUGUUAUCAAGUUUUGAUGUUAUUUGAUGUGCGUUUUUUCUUUACCGGUCAAUGAAUCAAUAUGUAAUGAUUUAUUCUUCAGUGCUGACGGCUGUGAUAUAAUAGUUAAAGACACGAUUCCGACGCAUUUUCAAAUAGAGUUUAAUUCUGAAAAGCAGGUCGAGGUGUUUUUGCGAAAAAAUUGAUCAGAAAUGGAAAAUUCCUAACGGAAUACCUUGGCGUUUUAUCCAAAGCUGACGACGUGAUGGACAAAGAUACAAACUACACAUAUUUCUUUGACUUUAAUGGUGUCAAGUACUGAGGAACCAAAACUGUAUCAACCAUCGUUAGGACGGCUAGUAAAUCAUGCAGACAAAAAACAACAGAGAAAUUCAAGAAUAACAGUCAUUGGUGUGAAUGGGGUUCCUCAUCUUGUACUGUUUGCGACUAGAUUUGACUUGUAAUGAAAACUGCGACGAUGAGCCAGUUCAGCCUCCUGUAGAACGCAGAGCGUGUGAAUACCAAAGGAAGGUCUGUAGUUCGAUUGGUCAUGAGAACAACAACAGUGGUGUAACAUCGGCUUCCAAACGCAAAGCAGAAUACCCAGCACAAACAGGCAAAAAGAUUAAGGUCGUUCCUUGGACAGAGGAGCAGUUAGCGGCCAUGCGAAGGUCAUUCGCCAAAAAUCUCCGCUGCUUAAGAGUUUCUAACAAGGAGGAAUGCGAACGAGCAAGGAAAAAUGAGAGCCUGUUGCUUUUUCAUGACUGGAAGAACAUCAAAUUCCGUGUCCAUCAUGAAAUACAAAGAUUAAAGAAAAAAUGAAGUCAGUCUGAAAAAAAAAGUUAACAGAAAAAGAAAUAUCCGUUAAACUUGCAAUGAAAUCUAACAGACAUACAUUUUCAAAAUGUAAAAAUGUUUAUGUGUGGUUUUUUUUUACAUAAAGUCCUCAGACACUCGUUCAUGUACAUUAUUGUUUUUGCUGGAUGUUCAUGUUAAGAGGUCAUGAAAUAUCGACAAAUUACUAUUACGGGUUCGUGCAUGACAAAAAUAAUAAAUUGACUGAAAUAAAAGUAUUGUUGUUCUUCA